CUCCGGUCAAGCACCACUUUUUGUCUCUAUUCUUAUCUCUUUCAUACCUAGAAUCCCUCGAAUUCUCACUAAAGACACAAAUACUUAGCUAGUUUUCUUCAACACAGUCAGCGUGGCUACGCGCGCCCUGUCAAUCCAGCAGUGCGGCAUUUAGCACUUAUCAAGCCUCUCUUUUCUCCCUCCCUCGCUCCUUGCCACACCAUACCUGACUCGCUUUCACUGCGCACUUCAUCAUGACGACGAUGGUUGCAGCAGGCACUCCGCUCGCGGAAGCCUUGAGCAAUGUCAUCCCCCCGAAAUUGGUCGAGAUGGGGUGGAGUUCCGAUGGCGACGAUUCGGCCUUGAUUGAAUAUGUGAUUCUGAUGUUGGUCAACGGCAAGACCCAAGAGCAGAUCGCCGGCGAACUGUCCAACGAUCUCCUUGGCCUUGGCGAAGGUGAUACCCAGGCUCUCGAGUUUUCACGGUGGUUGUUCGAACAGGUGGAGAUCCUCAACCAACAGAUCAAUGGUGGCGGCGCCCCGGUCUUGAGCGACCCGACUUCUGCGCAAGCAAUCCCUUCGUUCGCAGAGCAGGAGGCUGCUGUUCCUCAGCCGGCCGGGCUUGACAACAACGCGCAAGACGAUGCAGACAUGGCUAUGGGUGACGACGGAACCUUGGCAGGCGACUUUAUACCAACGGGCCCGAAGGCAAUGCGCAAUGGGCGCCCCGCUGGAAGAGGGCGGAUGCUCAACCAAAUAAACAGGGCGAUGGAUCGCGGCGAUCGUGGCGACUCGACUCUUCAUCGCGUUCGUGGACCUGGUGGCGGACGCAUCAACUCUCACGGCCAGAACAACGGAAAGGGUCGGUUCAACCAAAAUGGUGGAGGAAGGAUGCAGGGCGGCCGUCAGAUGAACAUGGGGCCGAUGAUGAACAUGAGUCAGAACGAUCAGAUGCAGUUGAUGUCUCUUCUAGAAGAGCAGGCACGGAUGAUGGCGCAACUCAUGCCUGGCUUCGUCUCCCCCGCAAUCAACCCGGCCUUUCAGCAAAAUGGUUCCCAGCAGGGCCGCUCAUUAUUCGAUCGCGUCGAACGCCAACACGGCCACCGGCAUCAACGCAACCAGCGCAACAAUCGCACAAACGAACAUGAUAACGACAUCGAUAUGGAUAUGAAGCCUCAAGGGGAGCAGGAUGAGAGCAAUACCGAUACUGUUUGCCGAUUCAACCUUCGCUGCACGCGGAGGGACUGUCCUUUCGCCCACCAGUCGCCAGCAGCACCUGAAGGCAGCCCGGUCGACAUCGCGGACCCUUGUCCGUAUGGAGCGGCAUGCAAGAAUCGCAAGUGUACAGGGCGUCAUCCUUCUCCAGCUGUCAAGUCCGCGCACCAGGCCGAGGAGAUGUGCAGGUUCUUUCCCAACUGUGCCAACCCCAACUGCCACUUCAAGCACCCUUCCAUGCCGCUAUGCCGCAAUGGUGCCGACUGCACCACCGAAGGCUGCAAAUUCACACAUCUCCAAACGGCUUGCAAGUUCAAUCCCUGUCUCAACCCGAGCUGCCCCUAUAAGCAUGCUGAGGGCCAAAAGGGCGCCUUCUCCGAUAAAGUUUGGACUCCCGGCUCCGGCAAACCCCACGUGAGCGAGCGGAAAUUCGUGACGGAUGAAGAUGGGCAGGAGGAACUGAUCAAGCCGGGCGCUACGGACGGCUCGCAGAGCCAGGAGAUUGCGACAUGAUGUGGCUUGCGUGCUUUGAUGAUUGCUUGCACUGCAUAUGAUCCCUCCCACAGUCCUCAGUUCAUCAUGUACUAUGUCCGUGUGAAGGGUGGUUCACGGCGGGGAAGGGCGUUUAAGUUUGCUUUCGAUAUUAUGACAGAAUCACCUACUGGUUUGUAAAUAGAAUGGGGAUAUCAAGGACGUUUCUCAUACGGCGUUUUCCAUAAAAGGACAAAUAUCACACUGCUUGUAGUAAC